AUUUCGUUCAUAACAGAAAAUUUAAUUCCGGAUGCAGUUUAUUGCGAAUAAUACAGUUUAGUGACGCGAAUGUGCGACAGUUUCUCAAGUGAGCUCCGUGCGAUCGUAACAAAAAUUCGAAAAGAUCUAUGCCGCGAUUCGGAAUUAAUUGAAAUUCUCUCGGCCGUUAUUUUCUUUGAAAAAUAGCAAGAUUUGCUCGAUAUUCAUGUGAUUUUAAUCAGAAUUACAUAUUUUCGAUAAUAUGAAAGUGUCCUCGAUCUUGAGAAAUGUACUUCGCAAGCGUUAAAACUCUUUGGCCUGAAAACUCUAUCAAUAUUGAAAUCCUAGAAGUACAUCUAUUUCAUCUAUAACGAAAAUAUUCACCUACGGAUGCAAUUUAUCAUAAUUAAUACAGUUCGAUGACGCGAAUGUGUGAAAGUUUCUCAAGUGAACUCUUCGUGCCAAGUUACGAAUAUGACCAACUCGACAACGAUAGUCGACAGAUGUCGCGGCGAGUAUCUUUAUCGCCGUGACAGCUACGCCGGCGGGCCACGUGACCCCCACUAGUCCACCAUCUUGCGUGUGUUUGCCGUGGAUGGUCGCGGACUUUGUUGUGCGCGUUUCGGCGUGACGCGUGAUAUGUGUGGACGUAAGGGUGCAGCGAGGUGGAAGGCGUUCGACGACGGUGACGCAACGUGACGACUCAGCUCGGAGGGUGUCCGGCGUGUGCGGUGACGAGCGGCCCGGGAGGGCGGACGGCGAUCGACGCUGGGCAACUUCGUUCUUGUGGUGAAAGAAGCAAGCGAGAUUAGUAAAGACUCGAAAUUCCAUUACAAAUAUAAGAAGAGGAAGCAGACGGAUAAAAAUCGCAAAAUGGAUGAAAAUCAACAGCGGGGACCGGUAUUUCGGUCACUCAACAGUCAACACGAAUCCUUCGUCAGAUUUAUUAAUACAACACCUCAUACUAUUACUUUAUACUGGAUGGAUUAUCAAGGGCAGGCAAUUGAUUAUGGCGAUCUGUCAUCUGGGGACUACAGGGAAAUAAACACGUUUUAUACGCAUCCGUGGAUUUUCGUCAAUAAAGAAACGGGCGACAGGUAUUUGGUGGGCCAGCGUGAUGUUUUCUUUCCGGCGCCGUGGUUUCUCCAGUACCGUGGUGUUACGCAGGACAAACUGCCGCAAAGAAUCGAGAGGACCAACGUGUACAUCGUGCUACCGAUGUUUACUCUACAGCAAUUGUCACUGAGAGUCAUCAAAAACUGUCUUACGUACGAUUCGCAGGCUUUGCAUCUUGAUAUUCCACGGAGUCUCCAAUUAGAGCUUGUUACAAUGCUACCGAAGAAACCUCAACCUUCGUGACAUGUUUUCUCGUAACGUACUAUUGUUUUUACACACGAUUGGGGUAAUAUCGCGAUUAAGAUAAUAAUUUCAA